AUGUCUUACCAUCAGCAGCAGUGCAUGCAGCCCUGCCAGCCUCCUCCUCCCUGUCCACCCCCAAAGUGCCCUGAGCCCUGUCCUCCCCCAAAGUGCCCUGAGCCCUGUCCUCCCCCAAAGUGCCCUGAGCCAUGCCCCCCUCAGCCAUGCCAGCAGAAAUGGCCUCCUGUGCAACCUCCUCCACCCUGCCAGCAGAAGUGCCCACCCAAAAGCAAGUGA